UGAUGAAGCACGAAUCUGUAAACCAGCAAUGCACAUCACAGUAAAGAAAGAGAGAACGACGAUUCGCAGUGGAUGGAGAUCGGGUUAGUGGUGCAGAGUUUGAGCUAGGUACCACAGCUGCAAUAUGGGUGGCCUAUGCUCUUGCCUGAACGACAAUGAAGAGGACGCUGAUGAAACCACUACUUUGAUAUCGGGUCGUCCAUCAGCAACGAUCAGCAAAGCAAGCCACUCUUCCACAUCCACCUUCUCCGCAAAUCAUUGUCCGGAAGAAUUCUGGGUGCCCGAUGAUGAAGCGUCGGAGUGCCAGUACUGCAAGCGAGGAUUCAGUGCCACAAACAGGAGGCAUCACUGCCGGAUGUGUGGUGAUGUCUUCCAUGGCGGUGAGUGCUCCACUCCGCGAGGACCGACUGAUCACCGCGUCUGGGUUUGCAGAUUUUGUUACGACUACUACCAUAAAUUCAAGAACACCUUGUUCCAUGGCGCGCAAUUUAUACUACAUCGAGAGGAGGGUAUCAGCGAAACGGUGGUGAUGAAGUUGGAGGGUGAAGGAGUGGACAUGUGUGUGCGCUGGACGCCUACGAAACAAACCCUCAAGAGUAAAAUGCGUGGAGAUCAGCGCAUGAUCAUGCUGCAGAACAUCACAUCCAUUGAGACGGGUGCCAGGCUGCAGCGUACGGGUGAUACGUCGUGCUGCUUCCGAAUCGUGACGUCGCGGGAAAUCACACAGCUGGAAGCACUGUCGUACGGCAGUCAGCAAGACUGGGUGGCGGGCCUGCGGGCUGCCGUGUUUGUGUGCAGUGAAGACUGUCGACUGCUGGCAGUUCAGAAGGAAGCGCAUGUCAUCCAGCGAGCUGAGCGCAAGAAGCAGCAGGGUGUAGCAAAGCAGAAACGAAAGGCUACUGCCGACAGCAUAGUUGGCAAGUAUCGCGACAGGCCUCGGCGAUCAUAGGCUGAAUCUAUAUGAGGAAGGAUAUUUAUGUGGCAACUUCCGGAAUGCACUGUCACGUCUUCUUGGUGAUGUGUUCGCAUCGUUCACCGGUGCACCAACUAUAUGCAGUGCUCUUGCCUUUAGAAUUUGCUGCCAAUAUCAAAAAUGGAUGAUAGACAGUUAACAUUGACUAUCCCCCCCCCCCACACACUUUUCUUUUUCUUCUUUUUUGUAUUUUUAUUCCAAAGGUCUGUACUUUUUUUAAUGAGCCUGCUGUGCGGGUAUUUACCGUUUCUGUCCUGGAUGUUAUUCCAAUCGAUUCAAGCUUGAGACUUUUUUUAAAACAAUAUUCACAUCAUCGACCCUAGGAUAUACACCUUUGGUUGAAUUAACUAGAUUCGUGAUACGUUCAUCUCUAUACUACAAUGUACAUGUACCACCCAUACGAGUCAAUAUAGUGAAAAGCACCAUUCUAAAUCGCAACAGCAUGGGCCAGCGUGCAUCACACGCGAAGCCAGUGCUGGGCCAGUUUUCAAUCUGUACAUGUUAUCAAGAGUAUAAUAUCAUAACUUAUAAGCUCCCAGCUCAUUUUAAUACUCUUGAUGUUAUGUUGGUGAUUUUCCAUUCA